UGUUACGUGAAAGUUCGUACGUCAGUCAAACCAAUUUGUCAAAACUGCCGCGUGAUUAACCGCCAUAAGUCGGUGCGGAUUAUUUGCGUCAACCCUAAACACAAACAGCGCCAAGGGUAAAGGAGUCAAGCAGCACACUUAUGGCUAGAAUCGCUAACGUUGAGAUACCAAACGACAAAAGGGUCGUUAUUUCGCUGACUUAUAUUUACGGGAUUGGCAAAUCCCUUUCCAAGCAGAUUUUAAGUAAGACUCAAAUCAGCGAAGACAUUCGCGUCAAAGAUUUGAGCGAAGAUCAGCUCCAAUCAAUCCGUCAGGAAAUUAAGAGUUACUUAAUCGAGGGCGAACUGCGCCGUGAAGUGGGUGCUAACGUUAAAAGACUCAAAGACAUCAAAAAUUACCGCGGGAUUCGCCACCGGAAAGGACUGCCGGUGCGCGGCCAAGUGACUCAGAAAAACGCACGCACUCGUAAAGGACCACGCAAAACUAAGAAACGCGCCACGAUUGUGACUGGCGUGGCUCACAUUCACGCGACUCACAACAACACAAUUAUCAGUUUUAGCGAUCCUAAGGGUGCUGUCUUUGCUUGGUCUUCGUCGGGAGCAAUUGGCUACAAAGGCACCAAAAAAUCAACACCUUACGCCGCUUCUUUAGCAGCUAAUUCAGCCAGCGAAAAAGCCAAAGAAUUCGGUCUUAAAGAAGUGGUUGUUAAAAUCAAAGGGACCGGACCCGGCAAAGAUGCGGCUCGUAAACAAAUCGAAGUUUCGGGCAUUAAAGUGAUGAGCGUUAAAGACGUAACUCCGAUUCCUCACAACGGAACUAGGCCACCCAAAAGAGUUAUCAAACGACUCAGUGCGAGAAAGUAGGUUGAGAUGAAAAAAUUCGCGAUUUUAAAUUACAACGAAGUAGCUAAACGGAAAGUUAACAACUACGAGACUGCUUUUACGAUUGAACCGUUAGAGCGCGGCUUUGCCAACACGCUUGGUAACGCGGUGCGCCGGGUUUUACUUUCUUCAAUCACAGGCGUGGCUCCCUUCGCGGUCAAAAUUCAAAACGUUCAACACGAAUUUGAAACUUUGCCCGGCGUGGAAGAGGACGUGGUUAAACUGAUUUUGAACUUAAAAAAGGCGCGUUUUGUCUACAACCGAGAACUGAUUAGCGAAGGCGACGUGGUGCGGGUAACGCUUAAGGCCGACAAAGGUCAAAUUACGGCCGGUGAUUUACAAACUCCUUCCGGCUUAGACGUGGUCAACCCGAGCCAGCCAAUUGCCAAGGUCACUAAAGCGGGUGCUUUGAAACUAGAAAUGUUCGUGACAACUGGUCGCGGCUACGUUUCCUUUGAAGAAAACAAGCAAGUCAUCAAAGUUUUAUCCAACAAGAUUGAGUCUAAAAUCCAACUCGGUUCGCUAAUUGCGAUCGACUCGGACUUUUCACCGGUUGAAAGAGUUUCCUUUGAAGUCACCGAACUUAACACUUCCUUUGCGAUCAUUCAAGAGAGAUUAGUUUUAAACGUUAAAACCGACGGGUCGGUUGAGGCCAAGGAAGCGCUUGCCCAAGCGGCCAACAUUUUGAUGUCGCAUCUAGAAGUUAUGGCGCAAGUUUCCAACUUGGAACGGGAAACCGUUUUUAUGUCCCACGAGGAAAUUCAGAAAAAACCGGUUAACAAAACGAUUCCGAUUAGUCAACUUGAACUAUCGGUUCGCUCCUUUAACUCGCUCAAACGUGCCGGUUACAACACGCUGGAAGAUUUAGCCAGUCUAACGGCUAAAGAGCUGAGCGACAUUCGCAACUUAGGCAAAAAGUCUGAGCAAGAGAUUAUCGCUAAGUUGGAAGAGUUUGGCAUUAGCUUGGAGGACGGAGAGUAA